AACGUUUACGCAGCGCGAGCCUUCUCCCGAGGGAGGCCGUGCGAUAUCUUCUGCUUCGCGAAGUCUUGGGUGUUGUACUAUCUGCAACCUCGGUCAGCGAGUGAAUGCAGGCUGACUACCAGUCCAUCAGCCUAUGCAAGUGCUUGCGAAGGCGCUCGUAGCUGAGUUCCCCAAGCGGUGCGCGAUCCUCAUGUCCGGGGCCCCGCCUGGAGAGGGCGCUUACGAGUGCGGGGUUGCGCCCAUAUAUUCUGCCUUUUGUUCCCGAACACGGACUUUGGGCGACAAGCUCCGCACGUCGCGAGGGCGUGAGACGGACUGGGUCGGAGUGCAUGAUGUCUUUCGAGCGGGCGAAGGAGACGGAGCUCCGUGUGGCUUAUCGUUGGGUGCGCCUGCCGAGCGGCGAGAUGCUGCCCUCGCACAAAGUCCGCGUCUCUGUGUCGGUUCCCAUCCCUCUGUAGGUCGCAGAGGACGGCCGCGGGUGCGUUGGGCGUCCGGGAGUGGGUGCAGGAGGCAAGGUCUAGAUUGUGCUCGAGGAUUUGUGGAUCACGCGAGCUCGGCGCAUCGCGUGCAGCCGACGGCGCGCCUGGGCUCAUGAAUAUGCCGCGCCAAUGCCGGCGGCGCGCGCCCCCGUACUCCUCCUGAGCACCUCUUAAGGCCUACCACCAUCACGCCCGCCGCUUCGUACCUCCUACCCCACCCCCGCGAUGCGUGCCACCCCCUUCCUGCGCAACGUCGCCUCCGCCGCGCUUAAGCAGCGCGUUCGCCGCCCCCAGUACCUCUCCAAGCUCACCAGCCCGGAGGCGCUCGCCCCGCACUUUAAGGUACGCGUCGCGAUGGAUAUCGACUGCUUGUACGCGAUUGCUAACGGCGGGCUUGCA